AUGAAAGAACAAUCUGAUAUUGUAGUGCUAACAGAAUCAAGGUACGAUCCUUCUGUAAAUCUUAUGCCUGAAGACGUGGAAGAUGACGAUGUAACAAUCAAAAGUAUCGAAGUUCACAGUCUCAAAGACCUGCCUUACACUUCUACAAAUUCAAUUGAGAGCACUCCUGAACACAAAUGGCCUAAUAAAUCCAAAACAGUCGGCUGUGCGGAGAAAUCUCGCUUCUAUACCUGUGAAAGCGAUAAGCCCUUUGUCAAUGAAGAUAUAACAAAAUUCGAAGACAAAUAUUUUAAUUCGCUGUUCAAAGAUGUGCCUAACGAAUUUACUGGAGAUGAUCUUAAUUUCCUUACUAAUAAGAAAAAAUGGAUGAAUAGAGCGUCCAGUACAAGGAAAAGUAAGUCAGAAAAAAUCAACACCAAUGAACCGAUGGCUGAUCUAAAAUUAAAAACGUCCAUUUCUGGUAAAGUUGUGAGCUCAAAUGCAGAGAAUGCAAGCAAUAAAGUUUGUUCGAGUGUCUCGUAUGUCCAUCCUGAUAUCAAGCGAAAUCGUCCAGUCAAGGAACAUUUUAUAGAAAGUGAGAAAGUACUCCAUUCGAAGAUUUCGGACCAAGUUUCGAAUAAAGAUGCGCCAAUAUUUUCAAGAAAAUCUAAUACAGAAAGAACUAAGGCUACUUCACCGAUGGUUAAUCCUCAGUUAAAAACAUCAAUUUCUGAUAAAAUAAUAAGCUUAAAAGCAGAGAUUGCAAACUAUGAAAAUGUCUCUAACGAUAUCAAGCUUAAUCGCGCUGCCAAAGAGCGUCGUAAAGAAAUCGAAAAGGAAACCCGGGUUGAAACCAUAGACCAAGUUUCCAAAGCAUCUUCUAUUGUUACAAUACACAGUAAGAAUGUCGAUAUGAAAAAGAAUAUUGUAACAAGAUCCACGUUAACCGAUGGAAUAACGUUUAAGAAUGAAGCAACCAACACAGAUAUUAAAUUUGUACUAUUAAAUAUGAACGAAACACCACCAAGCUUGGAACUGAGAAGAAAGAUUAGAGAAGAAUUCAACAAACUAAUAUCAAACACGGGUAAAAAAGCUAGUCAAAAAGACUUUAAUAAAUUUAGUAAAAAAAUUUACGAUAAAUAUGGAAUUUACUUAAAAGCAACGCAGGUCGACAUACACGACAGUAAAACUUCGCUUAAAUUGAAACUCAACAAUAUUGAAGAAAUCGAAUCAAACGCAUUAAAAGAGUUAGAAAGAGAAGAACAAAUAUUACAAGAAAUACUAAAUAGAAUAAAAUCGAAGACUAAAGUUCGUGUAAACGAAGACAAACAUAACAGAGAAGAUAGUAUUGGUGAAAUGAAACCUGAAUCAAAAGAUGACAGCUUGUCAGUUAAAAACUCGACGCUAUUGAACACAGUGGACUACAUCAAAGAAGGAGUAAAUCACUUAUUUAGUGGAGAAAGUUUAAAGUUUUCACUUGGAAUAGAAAAAAACGACAAAGGUAUAAUAAAUAAACCAGGCAAUGUAAAGGUUGGAGAAAAAAAUGAACCCACUAGAGGCAUGGAAAUUAAAAAAGGGAACAAAAGAGGCAAUAUAAAAUUACAAGACAUUAAAAUAUUGGAUUCUUGCCAAUCGGAAGAUUCAGUUAUUAAGACUUCUGUAGAAAAGUUUAACAAACGAGGAAUACAAAUAUGGGACUCAGAUGAUUAUCCAAGAGAUCUGGUACAUUCUGCUAUAAACAAAUUCAAUGAGGAACUAAAACAACCCGAAAACGGAGCAAAAAAAUCGAAAGAUACAAAUACUACGUAUAAUGAAAAACAAACUCAAUCUAAAGAAGAAGAAAGAAAACCAAAGUUCGUUAUUAAAGAAAUUGAAAUAGUUGAUCAGCAGAUUUCUACAAAAAAACCACCUGAACUAACUUCACAGAAAGAAUUGAGAGCAUUUAGAUCACCUUUACAUCCUGAUAAAACUACAACAGAUGGUGAUGUUACUUCUAAGUCGAAGAUAAUUACCGAAGAACAUGCGGUGACAUCAGGCGACAGCGAAGUAGAAAUGACAACGUUAAAUGAUAUGUUUACAGCGGACAAAGAAAAACUUAUCGAAAAAAGAAAAGCGGUACAAAGUGAAAAGGACAAAAAAUCUGUUGUUUUACCUGAAUCUGAAUUUUCCAAACAAAGCCAUUUAAAAAUUAAAAGUACAAGAAUUAAAGAAAAAGGGCGUCCGGAUAAGUUUGAGCUACAUAGUGUUUACAAGGAAGUAUCAACAACAAGUCAAAUAUCCGAAAUAUCUAAACUUCCAUCCAAGCAAUGUAGUUCAAUACAAAAAGACGACAAUGUUUUUGUGAACAAUCAAGAGGAAAGUAAAGUCGAUUCUCCGAUUGACCUGAAACAAAUUAAAGCCGAAUCGGAAGAAUUCAAACGCAAAAUAAUUAUUUGUAAAAAAUGUUUACAAGCAUUGAGUGGUUUUAUUCCGUCAAAAAUAGUAGAGGAAACAGAAAUAUCUGCAGAUUGUCAGCUUUGUGGUCUAAAAGAGAAACAAAAGGAAGCUUGGAAUGGAAAAGGUCAAGUCUGCGACACUCCAGGUUUGUCUCAUAAUAAAUGUUACGAUAGAAAAACUUGGAGUGAGAAAUGUCCAUGUGGUAGAGCAAACGAAGAUCAGAAAUUAGUCCUUUUUCACGAUGCCUCUUAUAAUAAAGUAGAUGAGAGUAAAGUCAACGACGAUGUCAGAAAGUUUGUGAUCAACGAUGAUGACGGAAAGUUUGUCACAACUUUCAACCCAUGUAAAUCAGAUAAACCUGCGGUAUCAACUGUAAUCGCUGAACUAGACGUGACGACCGUACCAACUGUAUCAACCAAACAUAGCUUUGCGGAAAUGAUAGCAAAGAGUCUCGCAGGAUUACUAGGAAUAGAACAGACAAAACAAACCAUUGCCUCGGAGUCACCUUGUCGAUCUGAAAAAACGUUUUACUCUUGCGAAUCUUCCGAUUCAUUUGACGCACCUUGUUCGAUUUAUGAAAAGCAGGGCAGGCCGGACUGUCUCGAGGUGAUGGUGGACAGCUUUGAGGUUGGAGUGGAGUCCGCGGAUGUUAGCGAACUCAAUAAUAAACGCGGUGGGGGGAUUAGGCACCGCUGA